AUGGCACAGAACACAGAAGAAAUUGCUGCCAUGAUGGCAGCUUUGAGAACCAUGGAUCAAAGGUUGGCCGCACAGGAUGAAGUCAUCGCUGAUCUGCGACGCCCAUCUGGGGCAUCUGCAUCUACUGUACAUCUGGUCGCGGCUGCCCAGCCAAAUCCUAAUCUCCUUCCACCACUGGAAACUCCUCAGGUCCCAGAUCUUCAGGAGAUGUUUCCAACAACUUCAGCUUACAGACCUCCGGUACAACCUCCUACGGGAACCAUUCCCUUCGAUAUGAAUGAAGUUAAUCCAACCAUGAUCAAAAUUGUAAGGCUUGAGAAAGCCUUGAAGAAAUCCCAAGGUUUCAAUUCAAUUCCCGACAUUGAGGACGGGUACACUGAGGCUUUAGUCAGGUUGCCAGAAAAAUUCAAAAUGCCUCACAUCGAUAGAUUUGAUGGGAGCGGGGAUCCGAUUGUGCAUGUCCGCCUAUUUUCAGAUGUGUUAAGGCCCAUGGGUUUAUCUAGGGCACAAAAACUGUCAUUAUUUAGGAGGACCCUAUCAGAUAUAGAAGUAACAAUCGGUGAGCUGGAAGCAACCACUCAGAGCUGCAAAGUACCCUUCAUUGACUUUGUGGCAAGAUGGAGGGCAAAGGCAGCCAAAAUAACGAGCAGACCUUCUGAAAGAGAACAAGUCAGGUUAGUGGUCCAAAACCUCGAGCUAGACAUGUUGCAGAAAAUGAUAGUGGCACCGUUGUCCACAUUUGCUUCCUUACAUGAGUUAGGGGUUCAAAUUGAGAGCGCCUUCAAAAAGGGCAUCAUCCACAAAACAAGUGAACCUGCAAAAAAGCCAUUCACUCGGAGUACCAAUGCUAGUACUAACACUAUUCCACGGCCUACAGAUGUCAGUACCAUUGCUACAUCAUCGGCCAAGAUGGUCGAUCCCUUUGCUGCUGCCAUAAACUCACAAACUGCACAAAAUAGUCAACCUUGGAACCGAAGACCUUUUAACCCCCUCUAUAUGAGUCCAACCCACACCCUUAAGGUGUUGAUGGACAAGGGGCAUCUCAAGCCUCUUGAUCCUCGCCCUCUCCCAGACCCACUGCCAGCUAGACACAACCCAACCCAAUAUUGUACUUUCCACCAAUAA